GCUAAGUAUGUUUUUUUCCCCUACACAGCUGAUGACGUCGACGGCAAUCAGCGGUCGCUUCAGUGGUACGACGUAUUGGUCUCCCAGCUCGAAACGAUGGUCCUCAUCAAGGAGUACCGUGUGGUUUUACCCUGUAGUGUUGAGGAGUACCAAGUCGGACAGUUGUUUUCUGUGGCUGAAGCAAGUAAAAAUGAAACCGGCGGUGGAGAAGGGAUUGAAGUACUGAAAAAUGAGCCCUAUGAGGAACAUGGAGAGAAAGGACAGUAUACUCACAAAAUCUAUCGCCUAAAGAGUAAAGUUCCAGCAUUCAUUCAGCUCUUGGCACCAGAAAGUGCCUUUGUUUUUCAUGAAAAAGCUUGGAACGCCUACCCCUACUGCAGAACUGAAGUGACGAAUGAGUAUAUGAAAGAUAAUUUUUUGAUCAAGAUUGAGACGUGGCAUAAACCGGAUCUUGGAACACAAGAAAAUGUGCACAAACUAGAUCGUUCAACUUGGCAACAAGUUGCUGUUGUGCCCAUUGACAUUGCUGACAGAAGUCAAGUUCCAGCUUCUGACUACAAGCAGGAUGAGGACCCCGCCAAGUUCAAGUCAAUUAAGACGGGAAGAGGACCACUUGGGCCUCUUUGGAAGAAAGAGCUGGGUGCCAAGACUGACUGCCCUAGAAUGUGUGCCUACAAACUAGUCACAGUUAAGUUUAAAUGGUUUGGCCUGCAGACUAAAGUCGAGAAUUUUAUCCACGAGCAAGAAAAGAGGAUCUUCACCAACUUUCACCGCCAACUUUUCUGCUGGAUUGACAAAUGGGUGGAGCUAACAAUGGAUGACAUUCGACAGAUGGAGGCAGAGACUCAGAAGGAGCUGGAUGAGCUCCGCAAAAAAGGUGAAGUAAGAGGAACAAGUGCUGCAGACAAAUAACGCAGCAAAGGAUCUCCAACUGCCAAAAUAACAGCAGCAAAGGUGGCUGCUAACAGGGCUCCUUCUGUGGCACUUUUUACUUCUUGUCUUCAAACAUUCAGACAAUGGAUAAGGUGUUGGGGGCGGGGGGUCCUCAUACAA